AUGGCUUCGUCAAACCCAACAUCCCCAUCCCUUCCUCCACCAUCGCCAUUGUCGCCACACUACACUAGAACUGUUGAAGGCACAUUGGUUCAACCACUCCCCCAGCUUGUGACCACUUUCCCUGGUAUGGCCCCUAUCCAAACAUCGAUCAACACCCCAAAUCAAUGGUCUUGCAGCAAUGUCAAUGGCACUAUUUGUCGACGGAACAGCCUCGCAUCACCAGUGAUAUCCCCUACACCGGCCGCUUUUCCGCCGAUGUCCCCCGGAUUUGGACGAGAUCAGAUACGCACGCCAGAGAGAGCACAUUUCCAAAUCACGCGCACUCCGGUAACAGCCAGUUUCCCGCGCGAAGAUGGCCGACAGAGCCGCAUGGCCAUGCGCGGCCCGGCAGGUGAGAGAGUCAUGACGCUCCCUCUGCGUGUCAACACGGUCCUUACCAAUCAGACCAUCCUGGAAGAAGAUCAGUCUGAAACUGUAUCUACACCGUCCUCUGAUGUAACAAUGGUCUGCGACUUUGCGCAAGCAGACAUGAUCACAUCCACAUCGUCCAGUACCAAAGGUAGGCUCCUCGCCCGCUCUCACGCUUCCAACCCCACCAGAGCUCAAACUCGCUCUCCGAUCAGAAAACAGUCGCAGAAGAACAGCCGCCUCCCAUCAAAGCCCCGUCAUCCCCCGCCGCCCAAAUAUCAUGUUAAGGUCAUCCCCGUUCUUUCACCUACCACCCAGCGAAACAAGCAGCAUUACUUGUCCAGCGUAGAGCAUCUACGUGCGCCUUUAGUCCCCUUGAUAUCCGUGACAAAUGGCCUCCCACACCCGCAAUUCCCCACCAGCCUCCUCCAGUAUCAUUUACUGACACAUGAGCAACUUGAUUCCCUGGCGAGAUGGUACCACCAAGUAACACCCCCUCUGGAAGAGACAUUUCAGUAUCCGGCAUGGAUCCCUGCUUGGACGAGUCUCUACCAGGCCCGACAGCAGACCUCCGCCGACGAAGAGGUUAGUGUGGAUCUUGAGACGAAAAGAAGACGGUGGGGACGAUUCAUCGGCCUGAGAGGAUGCGAGAGCCCAACCGCCGAGUCAGGGCCUGUUGGAACUGGAGAAGAGGGUGAAGAAGCCACCACCGUCGAAACACCCGACGAGCUGGCCCUGCGCAUGGAGCGGGAGUGGCGGCGUGCUCUCGAGCGUGCGGAGGAAGAGGCCCGCGCGUACGAGAAGAGCUGGCGAGGUCGAUGGUGA